AUGAGGGAAAUGGUAGCAUCAGCAGUUGUGCAGGAGGCUGUGAGUGGAGCUGUCGCCUUUGUGUUCAGCAGCCGCCGCGAAAAGGCGUCCCAGGAGGAACUCAUGGAGAGGCUCGAGAUGGCACACCUAAAGCUGGAUUUGGCGCUCGAGAGGACCAGGAUGAUGCCUGUCACCAUCAUGCCGUUGCUUCGCCUGAGGAAGAAACUGAAGGAUGUCUUCAAGGAGUGCGGUGAUCUGCUCAGCAGGGCGAGGGGUCGUCAGAAAGUGGUACCCUCUUUACGCAGAAAGAUUAUGCAUACUGUGCUGCCCUCUUUCAUUGUCCCAAAUCAAGACGUGCUGAGUAGCUCUGCUGUUGGAAGAUUUGAGCGGUUUGUCGAGGAAGCCGACAGGUUUGUGAGGGACGUGGAGUCUGGAUGUUCACUUUCUCACUACAGGUUUCUCAGUUCUCCCAUCAGACAUCUUCUUGAAGGCAAGGGUCUCUCCUAUCGCAUGGUGCAAGGAAGCAAGGCUUUCUCACUUCGUAUAUGGACGGUUUCCGUGGAAGAGUAUGGUAGAGUCGCAUGGCUAAGUUUUCAUUACAAAGAUCGCAAGGUGCCACUCAAAAAUUGCAAGUUGGUGCUGAUUCUAAGAUUAUACGAAAGCACAGACAUAGUUGGAAUUACCGCAAAAUGUUUGCGGUCACUUGCACCUCAAUUCAAGUCUCUGGUUGAAGAUGCAACUGAGGAACUCACCCAAUUACCCACACAAGACGUUUCAUAUUUCGAUUCAGUACGGUGGGAAACCCUGGCUAAAGCGACUACAUAUUGGUGUCCAGACCCAUUUUGUUGCAUAGCUAAUGGGCUCAACAAGCCUUGUGCUAGCAAUAUCAUCUCAUCUGAGUUAACCGGCAGAUUUCCUCAAGAAGUUAUGGCAGUUGAUUUUCGCUGUUGGUUUUCAGCUUCUGAGUACUGCUCGCGGAGCUCAACUGAUGAAGCGCGUAUAAACGCUAUAAAGGCCUGGCCACCUCUACAGAUACAAGUUUACUUCCUAGCUCAUCUCCCGUUUGAACUCACAGGGGAGAGUUUAUUAGUAAUCUUUAACCAUCUCUCGGUUGAAUCGUACCAACACGGAAGUAGCUUAUACCAAAAGGAGGAGGAAAUACAAACAGAGGCAAUUGAUUGUUUCAUCCGUCAACCUGGUAUGGCAAACUACCAUAUGGCUUGGGCCUCGGCACAUGGUUGUGCAUACUUUCAUGUUUCAAAGCCGAUCACAAAAACUAGGAGAGCAUCAAAGAGAAGGCGGUAG